AUGUACAAAGUGGGACUCUUUUACUACUUUGGGCUACGUGGAUUGAGGCGUGACCAUUCUAAGGCACUUUCGUGGUUCUUGAAGGCAGUGGAGAAGGGAGAGCCUCGCUCCAUGGAGCUUCUCGGAGAGAUAUAUGCCAGGGGAGCCGGUGUUGAGAGGAACUAUACAAAAGCCUUUGAAUGGCUUACUCUAGCAUCUAAGCAUCACCUCUACUCUGCUUAUAAUGGGAUUGGUUAUUUGUAUGUCAAAGGCUAUGGAGUCGACAGCAAAAAUUACACUAAAGCAAAAGAGUAUUUUGAAAAGGCUGCUGAAAAUGACGAGGUUGGUGGCCAUUAUAACCUAGGUGUCAUGUUUCUCAAGGGGAUUGGAGUGAAAAGAGAUGUGCGGUUGGCAUGUAAAUAUUUUAUAGUGGCUGCCAACAAUGGUCAACCAAAGGCUUUCUACCAACUUGCAAAGAUUUUUCAUCUUGGUGUUGGCUUCAAGAAGAACGUUCCAUUGGUAAGAGCCCGAUGUCAAUAUGAUUCUCUCCUGUGUUAA